GCAUAAUCAACUGUGGUAAUGGGGUUCCCUGACCUGGGUAGGGGCACUGCUCUACUCUAAAAGCUUUUUUUACUUUAAAGCACCCAUGCCAGCUUUCAAUGGGCUGGCCAGGCCUGGCCGGGCUAUUAAUAGCUAUGUGUAUUUUGAUAUCCCCACCUUUAAGAGCACAGAGAUUCUUAGAGAGGUGGCAGACAGCAGAGCCAGAGACAAGGGAGCACACCCGCCUAGGAAGGGGGCUUAGAGCUUGUUCCAAACCAAGGAGAGGGUGGAGCUGCAUGAGUGGGGUGGGGGCCAACCAUGAUCACCAGUGUCUGAGCUGGCAAUCAGGUUGAGGCAGCCCCAUCUUUUGUUGUGGGAGAGCAUAGGGCCCAGGAUUGCUCCUUGACCUUACUAGCUCCCUGGGAUCAGGGCCAGCCAUCUGAGCUAACUAGUGUCCCUGUGGAGGGGUGGUGUGGGAGGCACACUAGGGUGACACUUAGAGGUGAAGGCUGGUCCUGGGCAGUCUUGGUGAGCUGGCCAGAGGCCUUGCCUGAGGAGCCCGUGGCCCUGAUUGUAAGCAGGUACCAGAGGCAGCAGGCCGUGCCGGGGGGGCAUGUUGCUGUGACCAGUGGCCCAGGGGAUGUUACGGUGGACGGUACAUCUGGAGGGAGGGCCACGCAGGGUGAACCAUGCUGCAGUGGCUGUUGGGCACCGAGUAUACUCCUUUGGGGGUUACUGCUCUGGUGAAGACUAUGAGACGCUGCGACAGAUAGAUGUUCACAUUUUCAAUGCAGUAUCCUUGCGUUGGACAAAGCUGCCCCCGGUGAGGCCGGCCAUCCGAGGGCAGGCUCCUGUGGUUCCCUACAUGCGAUAUGGACACUCAACCGUCCUCAUCGAUGACACGGUCUUCCUUUGGGGCGGGCGGAAUGACACUGAAGGAGCCUGCAAUGUGCUCUACGCAUUUGAUAUCAAUACUUACAAAUGGUCCACACCCCGUGUGUUGGGAGCAAUUCCUGGAGCCCGGGAUGGACAUUCUGCUUGUGUCUUCGGCAAGAUUAUGUACAUUUUUGGGGGCUAUGAGCAGCUGGCGGAUUGCUUUUCCAAUGACAUUCACAAGCUGGAUACGAGCACCAUGACUUGGACUCUUAUUUGUACGAAGGGCAACCCUGCACGCUGGAGGGACUUCCAUUCCGCCACAAUGCUGGGCAGUCACAUGUAUGUCUUUGGGGGCCGUGCCGACCGCUUUGGGCCAUUCCACUCUAACAACGAGAUUUAUUGCAAUCGUAUUCGCGUCUUUGACACCAGAACUGAAGCCUGGCUGGACUGUCCCCCAACGCCAGUGCUGCCUGAGGGGCGCCGGAGCCACUCAGCCUUUGGCUACAACGGGGAGCUGUACAUCUUUGGUGGCUAUAAUGCAAGGCUGAACCGGCACUUCCAUGACCUCUGGAAGUUUAACCCUGUGUCUUUUACCUGGAAAAAGAUUGAACCGAAGGGGAAGGGGCCGUGUCCCCGCCGGCGCCAGUGCUGCUGUAUUGUUGGUGACAAGAUUGUCCUCUUUGGGGGUACAAGCCCGUCUCCUGAGGAAGGCCUGGGAGAUGAAUUUGACCUCAUAGAUCAUUCUGAUUUACACAUUUUGGAUUUUAGCCCUAGUCUGAAGACUCUGUGCAAACUGGCAGUGAUUCAGUAUAACCUGGACCAGUCCUGUUUGCCCCAUGACAUCAGGUGGGAGCUGAAUGCCAUGACCACCAACAGCAAUAUCAGUCGCCCGAUCAUCUCCUCCCACGGGUAGGAGGACUGCCGCCACCCUCCUGCGCCUGCUGUAGUCUUCAGUGCCCCUGCCACCUCUCACCUGCCUGCCCGCCUUGGACCCGGACUCAGUUACCUCCACGUGGAGUUGCUGGACUAGAGGUGUUUCUGUGCUGUGAAUUAAGUGGGGAGCUGGCGGGAGCGAGGGCCAGGUCCCUCUUCUGUCGGGCCGAGGGCCCCUUCCCCUUGGUGCUCUGUACCCAUCCACCUCCCUCCAGCUGCUCCUGGGCCUCUGCUCUGCCCCAGGCCAUCCAGUAACCAGGCUCUGCUGGGAAGGGAGGCGAGUGGGGAGAAGGGGGAAACGUGCAGUGUCCGAGCCUCAGGAGCUUCCCUCUCCUCGUGCCAACCUCCCUCCUUGAGCAUUGCUAGCGAGAAGCUGCAGCUGCUGGCGCGCGACCUCCUCUCCCGGACCCGAGGAGGCGGGGCCCAACCGAUCACCCUUCCCCUCCCCGAGCUGCUGGUGCACCCCGAAGCUCAGCCAGCUCUUGUUUUAUAAAAAUGAAGUAAAACGUG